AAAAUUAUGAGUCAAACUGCAGUUUUUCAGACUAUGGAAUACCAUGUUUGUAAGAAAAUCGCGAAAGUGGUCAUUGAAAGGCUUAGAGAUUUAUCACCAACAUCGAGACAAGAAAGCAGACUUCAGGUAAAGAUUGAGAGAGAAGAAUGUGAAACUAAUCACAUCAAAGAAGAGCCACAACCAACCUCCAAUCAGGUAAAGAUUGAGAGAGAAGAAUGUGAAACUAAUCACAUCAAAGAAGAGCCACAACCAACCUCCAAUCAGGUAAAGAUUGAGAGAGAAGAAUGUGAAACUAAUCACAUCAAAGAAGAGCCACAACCAACCUCCAAUCAGAUGGAGACUGUUACUGUUAAAAAGGAAGAGGAGGAGGAGGAGGAGGAGGAGGAGGAGGAUGAUAGCAGCCAGCAACCAGCUGCAGUAGAAGAUGAUUGCAGCCAACAACAUUAUCUAAUCCCUGGCUACAACAUGAUCUUCAUCAAAGAGGAGGCAUAUGAUGAGCAAGAGGCUGAAGGAAGUUCAGUGAAGAGUGAACCAGAGAUGUGGCCUUCAAACUGCAGCACAUCUGGCCGAGACUAUGCAACAGAAGUGGGUGGACUGAAUGAGCAUUCAAUCUCUCCAGUGGAAAAGUGCACUGAGUCAUCUGUGGCUGGCAAAAAUACCAAGCUCCACAGCUGUGCUCACUGUAGCUAUAAGACACCAAAUUUUGUCAAUUUGAAGAGAAACAUUCGAAAACACACUGGAGAAAACCCUUUCAGCUGUAAAUUUUGUGAAUAUAAAUGUGCCCAGUUAGGUAAUUUGAGAAGACAUAUCAGAACACAUACAGGAGAAACUCCCUUCAGCUGCGAUUUAUGUGAUUAUAAAUGUGCCCAGUUAGGUAGUUUGAAAGCACAUAUUAGAACACAUACAGGAGAAACUCCCUUCAGCUGCGAUUUAUGUGAUUAUAAAUGUGCCCAGUUAGGUAGUUUGAAAGCACAUAUCAGAACACAUACAGGAGAAACUCCUUACACCUGCGAUUUAUGUGAUUAUAAAUGUUCCCAGAUAGGAAAUUUGAGAAGACAUAUCAGAACACAUACAGGAGAAACUCCCUUCAGCUGCGAUUUAUGUGAUUAUAAAUGUGCCCAGUCAGUUAGUUUGAGAAGACAUAUCAGAACACAUACAGGAGAAACUCCCUUCAGCUGCGAUUUAUGUGACUAUAAAUGUGCCCAGUUAGGUAGUUUGAAAUUACAUAUUAUCAGGAGACAUAAAGAAGAAAAACCUUUCAGCUGCGAAUUUUGUGAUUUCAAAACUGCUAGUUCAAGUUCUUUGAAAAUUCAUAUCAGAACACAUACAGGAGAAACUCCUUUCAGCUGCGAUUUAUGUGAUUAUAAAUGUGCUACUUCAGGUAAUUUGAAAGCACAUAUCAGGACACAUAAAAUUAUAUUUAUUUAAAUAAAAAACCAUGUGUCAUAGAAUUGGUUAUGUUUCACUAUUAAGAAUUCAUGAAUUUAGGUAGAAUUAAUUAUACCACCAUAACAAAGAAUUAGGCUCAGUUGCAUAAAAGCCUGUUCAGUUUUUAAUCAUGGUUAAAUUCGGCAAGAACCAAUUAGAGAAGGCUUCUCUAAUUGGUUCUGGUUGUCUAUAAUUAAGAUUAAAAGUUAACAGACUUUCCUGCAAGAUUUUCACAUUUUUCAGCACUAACAUGAACACAUGAGUGCAUAACAUAUUUUUUUAUCAGUACUGAAAUGGGGCCAGUAUUACAAAAAUCAGACUAGUGUAAAUGCUAUAACCUGUUUGAUGCCCUAGAAAAGUAAACUAUCUUGGAAAAACAUAAGUGCCAAGCUAAAUAAAGCCGUUUUCAGGAGAGUCGGCAGGGCAGGAAGCUCUCUGAUUGGCUGAUUAUCACCCCAAAUGCCAACUGAUCCCCAAUCAUCCAAUUCCCAAAUGCCAACCCAAUCGGACAGCUUCCUACCCUUCACAUCAUAUGGGAGAAGCAACUACUGUAGUGAGGUGCACGUUAUAAUGGUAGUGGAGAAAGAUAGGAGAAAAACGUUGCCGAUCCUCUGUCUUGUCAAUACCUUCUAUAGACGGUAGCUGAUACAGCUGACGGUAGAUUGAUGUAAUAUGAUCUGUUCAUUCUCAUUUAAUACAAUCAAUUAUUCAUACUUUUCAAUAAUUUCAUAAUAAAUUUACAUAAUUAAGAAGAAAUAUUUUAUUACUUAAUUAUUAAUUCUACAUUGUUGACAUUCGUCAAAAGACGAUCUGGCAACAGAGCAAAGUGAGAAAGAGAUAGCGCUAUCUGCCUUGUUGAAUGAGAGACAAGGAUAGCAAUACCAUUGCUAAUCAAGCACUGUCAUUUUAAAAUGGAUUUCACUAUAGUUAGGGAUUAGUGAGAAUGUAUUAAGUAGAGCGCACACUAGGUCGGUGGAUAAUAACUAUUUCAAGGUUAAUACUUUCUUGUAUGUAAUGUAUGUUCUAACUUAUCAUAUUAUGUUUUCUAGCUGUGUUCUAACAAGUAAUUCAUUCUUUAUUGAUUAUUUCAUUGACUAUUAACUUCAGUGAUUUCAUUCAAUAUGGACAUCUAUUGUGAAAUAGACACGUUAAAAGUCGGUCCCGGCUGCCUAAAAAGCAGUCGUUAGGUCAUGUCAGAGGCCCUGAAAUUGAUCAGUGGUGGCCUGAAAACUCUGACACCAGACCUGAGCCAGCCAGGUCACUCGAUAUUAUUAUUAUUGUGAAAUCAAUUCAACAACAGUCAGCAUUUCUUAUUGAAAACAUCAAUGCUACCCAUUCCCCCCACUCUGACAGUUUGAAGAUAAUCUCAUUAUACCUCAGUGCUCAUCCUGGGUGUCAUUCAUAAGUGCGAUGUCUCAAGAGGGCUUAAAAGUACUUCAACUAUCCAUUUUUUGUGUGUAUCAUAUAAAAUAAUUAACAUACCUGUAUCUUGAAAAUUAUUUGCAUUUUGUCAUUAAAAAGCCAAAAUUAGC